CGAAGUCUCUCACGUAGUCGUUUCCCUGUUUUCCCCUGUUUUCCCGUACUCUUUCACUAUUUCAGUCUCAGAUCACUCUUUCUCUCCAUCUCAAAGGGGCGAAAAGAAAUGGAACUUUGAAAACGUUUUCAAGUUGAAUGCUUUGUUCACUUACUCGUUUCUAAAAACUGGAGCAUUAUGAAUGGUGGAUCUGUGGAGAUUUGAAAGAGUGCUUGUUUUGAAUGGAAUGAUCUGAAUUCAUUCUUUUUGAUAAAUUGGAAGAUCUAAAUUCAUGCAGGAAAAGUGUGGAUCAAAGAGAUAGCAUAUUCAAAAUAAAUUAGUUGAUGUUCAUGGGAACUGUUGGCGAGGCUGCAAACAAGGAGGCUAACAGAAGCCUAUCUGAGAAGAAGCCCACAGUUGUUUUUGUUCUAGUAAAAUAAAACUAUAUUAAGUAAACAGGUGUUGUCCUCAUUUCCUACUGCGGCACUGCCAAUGGGUCCUAAAAUAAUGCUAAUGGAUAAAAGGCAGCCACAACCACUGGGGCAAGGUGGCCCAGGUAGUGGAAAAGGUACCCAAUGUGCAAAGAUUGUUCAACACUUCGGUUAUACCCAUCUCAGUGCUGGUGAUCUUCUCCGAGCAGAAAUCAGCUCUGGUUCUGAAAAUGGCACUAUGAUUCAGAACAUGAUUAAAGAAGGAAAGAUCGUUCCCUCGGAGGUAACUAUUAAGCUUCUCCAACGUGCAAUGACAGAAAGUGGUAAUGACAAAUUUCUUAUUGAUGGUUUUCCUCGUAACGAGGAAAAUCGAGCAGCAUUUGAGGAUGUUACAAAAAUUGAGCCAGCUUUUGUCCUAUUUUUUGAUUGUUCUGAGGAAGAGAUGGAGAGGCGUGUUUUGAAUAGAAACCAGGGAAGGGAAGAUGAUAACAUUGAAACAAUUAGAAAGCGCUUUAAGGUUUUCUUGGACUCUAGUCUCCCUGUGAUUGAUCAUUACAAGUCCAGGGGAAAAGUUCGAAAGAUUGAUGCUGGAAGGCCAGUUGAAGAGGUUUUUGAGUCUGUCAAAGAUGUAUUUACCUCAAAAAAUGAGAAGGUAAAGCACCAUAGUUGUGCUUGGUGGAAAUUUAAUCAACAUGGUCUCUGUUUUGUAAGAAACAAAAUACCUGGAAAGAGAGUUAAAUGAUGUUGAAUGGAUGGAGUUGUAUUGUCUCAAUAAUCACAUCAGUGUGCCUUAAAGAUAUUAUGGAAAUGAAUGGCCAAUAUGAGGCGAAUUUAGCUUUAA